GCUCCACACUAUCCGCUAACUAUUCGCAAUCGACCGACGUCUUGGUUGUUGGACUUGGGUUAUAAUGACUUGACUUCUGCUAAAUGAACCCGUGGACUACUAGUAUAAGUUAUAAGUGGCGUAUUAUCAAGAGUUCCGUAAGGACAAGUAGCGUCGAGUGAGAGUUUUUUGUGCGUUGUGCUGCGCCGCGGCGUGAUGGAGAAGCAGUCGAGGUGGUCCUCGGAGCAGCGCUCCGAGCAGCACUCGGAGCAGCACUCGGAGCGGCGCGUGCAGCAGGAGCGCGUGCAGCGCACCGAGCACCACUACUCGCGCCAGAUGAUGACCCAGCACCAGGUGGAAAGCACCGGGGGCGACCGUCUGGCUAUCGCAUCGGGCAGGCCCGGCGAUCCCUCGCCGCCGAUAUUCGAGCAAAUCUUUAAGAAUGCGAGAUUUGCGCAAGGCGGCAAUGCUAAGUUCGAGGGGAAACUUCGCGGAAACCCCACGCCCGUCGUCUCGUGGACCAGAAAGAAGGCCCCGCUGGUAGAGUGCAACAAGUACAGCAUGAGCUACAACGAGCAGACCGGCGACGUGUCGCUGCUCAUCAAGCAGAUCGGGCCUGGCGACGAGGGCGAGUACACCUGCACGGCCCGCAACCAGUACGGAGAGGCCAUCUGCUCCGUGUACAUCCAGCCCGAGGGCGUGCCCGUCCCCGCACAUCAAACCUCGCAGCAGCACCAGAGCUAUCGCCACGUCAGUGAGAGCGUCGAGCACAAAUCCUACGGCACCCAGGGCUACAGCUCGGAACAGACACGACAGACACAGAAAGUAGCCUACACCAACGGAUCCGACUACUCCUCCACCGAGGAUUUCAAAGUAGACACAUUCGAAUACAGACUCUUGAGGGAGGUCUCCUUCAGAGAAACUAUCACGAAAAGAUACGUAGGAGAAACCGACAUUCACAUUAGCACAGAAAUCGAUAAAUCACUUGGUGGUGUGUCUCCACCGAAAAUUGCACAGAAACCAAGGAAUUCCAAAUUACAGGAGGGAGCAGACGCUCAAUUCCAAGUGCAAUUAUCGGGCAACCCCAGGCCGCGAGUAACGUGGUUCAAGAACGGGCAGAGGAUAGUCAAUUCGAACAAGCACGAAAUCGUAACGACACAGAAUCAUACGACACUUAGGGUAAGAAACACACAAAAGUCUGAUAAUGGCCACUACACAUUACUGGCCGAGAACCCUAACGGAUGCGUUGUCACUUCGGCGUAUCUAGCUGUAGAAUCUCCUCAAGAAACUUAUGUACAGGAUCACAAAUCUCAAUACAUUAUGGAUAGCCAGCAGACAGGGAUCGAAGAAAGAGUAGAAAUUAGUGAAAAAGCUCUUGCUCCGCAAUUUGUAAGAGUCUGCCAAGACCGAGAUGUCACGGAAGGCAAAAUGACGCGAUUCGAUUGCCGCGUCACAGGCAGACCUUACCCAGAAGUCACGUGGUUCAUUAACGAUAGACAAAUUCGAGACGAUUAUAAUCAUAAGAUAUUAGUAAACGAAUCUGGUAAUCAUGCACUUAUGAUUACAAACGUCGAACUCAGUGACAGUGGCGUAGUGACGUGCAUUGCGCGCAACAAGACUGGAGAAACGUCUUUCCAAUGCAGACUGAACGUUAUCGAGAAGGAGCAAGUAGUAGCUCCGAAGUUCGUAGAGCGCUUCAGCACGAUGAACGUGCGGGAAGGUGAGUCCGUCGUGCUGAGAGCGCGCGCAGUCGGCACCCCUACGCCACGGAUCACAUGGCAGAAGGACGGCGUUCCGAUUAUACCCAAUCCAGAGUUACGAAUCAACACCGAUGGUGGGGCCUCGACGCUGGACAUCCCUCGAGCCAAGGCGUCGGACGCGGCAUGGUACCAGUGCACCGCCCAGAACGUCGCAGGCUCCACCGCCACUCGGGCGAGGCUCUACGUUGAAGUGCCGAAAGAGCCGCCGCCUGAACAGAAGCGUCUUCACUUACCGCGGCCUACGAAAAUCAUUGAGCCAGAGCCAGCUCCUGGACCAGAAAUCAUAUAUUUGAGGCACGUGGAAAGAGCAAGACCUUACAUUCCUCCGGGCGAGGAGGAUCGCGUCUAUCCUCCGCCACAGUUUAUUGUGCCACUCAAAAGCGUCACGCAGAUGGAGGGUGGCAAAAUUCACUUUGAGACGAGGAUAGAACCCGUUGGCGAUCCAACGAUGAAGAUAGAAUGGCUGAAGAACGGACAGAGUAUCGAAGCCAGUUCAAGGUUCACGUCAAUAUUCCGAUUUGGUUACAUUUCUCUCGACAUGCUCAGUCUCAACAUUCAAGAUAGCGGCGAGUACACUUGCCGUGCUAUAAGCGCGACCGGCGUUGCCGAGACCAAAGCUUUCUUACAAGUUACACCGCGCGCUACGAUCGAAAGGACGAGCCAACACCCAGAGAGUUUGCAGUACAUUCAACAGCUUGAAGACUACUCUAGGUACCAACACCAAGAAUCAAUAGAGGAACAAACUUCACAAAGGCCACAAUUUAUCAGGCCCUUACAAGAACUCGGCGAACUUCAAGAAGGAAGGAACGCUCAUUUCGAGGGACAGCUCACGCCUGUGAGCGACCCUACAAUGAGAGUCGAGUGGUACAAGGAUGGCAGACCCAUUACAGCCAGCUCGCGAAUCACGUCAAUCUUCAACUUCGGUUACGUCUCCCUAAACAUCAUGCACCUACGGGCUGAAGAUGCAGGUUCGUACACAGUGAGGGCUGUAAACAAACUGGGCGAAGCUGUCAGUACGGCGUCUAUUAGAGUAGCAGCUAGAAGUACUGUGACUGCUGACCUCGGAAUACCUGAACAGCGACGAUACAUCGAAAAGACUGAGCAGUUAGAAGCCUACCAGCAACAACAACACCAAAAAUACUAUCAGGAAGUUCCUGAAAGCACUCAAAAACCAGAGUUCAAGACUCCGAUCAGGGAUCAAAUUAAUAUUAAAGAAGGAGGCUUCGCGCACUUCGAAGCACGUCUUGAACCUGUCGGAGAUUCAACUUUGAAAGUAGAAUGGUUGAAGGAUGGACGCCCAGUUGAGGCGAGUUCUAGAAUAACUACAUUUUUCAAUUUCGGAUAUGUAGCAUUAACAAUUAAGUCAGUAACCGUCCAUGACGUCGGCCACUACACUUGCCGAGCUUACAACGCUCUUGGACAAGCUACUACAAGCGCCAAAUUAACAAUUGUUACAAAGAAAGAUAUAAUUGCUGAAUCUCAGCAUCCUGGCGGACUUGAAAAGAUUCAGCAUCUUGAAGAUUCAAGCAGAUACAUGAGGCGGUCUGAGGAGGAAGUUAAAGUAACUCAAAAGCCUCGUUUCUUGGGACCAUUAAAGGGAACAAAUAAGAUUGUCGAAGGCCAGGGUGCUCACUUUGAAGCCAGAGUAGAGCCUCAGAGCGACUUAACAAUGACUGUGGAGUGGUAUUUUAAUGGUAAGCAGAUUAAGUCUGCCAAUCGCAUACAAACAUAUCACGAUUUUGGAUACGUUGCGUUGGAUAUCUCUAGUGUCCGCGCAGAAGACUCCGGUGUCUACACUGUAGUCGCUCGUAAUGCAGCUGGAGAAGCGCAACUCAGCGCUUCUAUGACCGUUGAAACCCGCUCAAGCAUCGACACUUCCAGCAUUCACAGAGGCUUAUACGAGAAAACAAGGCAAAUGGAAGAAUCAAAAUUCGUGGAGCCUAUGUACGUAAUUGAAGAAAUUUCGAAAUCGAAACCAGUAUUUGUGCAACCUCUGACUGAUCCAAAGCCAGUAUCUGAGGGAAAAAAUAUUCAUCUUGAGUGCCGUCUCGAGCCUAUGGGUGACCCAACAAUGAGAGUGGAAUGGUUCCACAAUGGUCGCGCUGUAACAGUCGGCUCUCGAUUUAGAACGUACUACGACUUUGGUUUCGUAGCACUGGACAUAAUUCACGCAACAUCUGUAGAUACCGGCGAGUACACAGUAAGGGCUGUGAACCAUCUUGGUUCAGCCCACACUUCAGCUAUGGUCCGAGUCAUUGAAAGAUCGGAUAUUGUGACCGACACACAGAAUGAACAAGCCGUCGAACAAAUUCAAAUGCUGGAAGAUGCUGCAAGGAGAAACCGACAAGUUCAGGAGGACAUCACCGUCAUGCAAGCACCUCAAUUCUCUAGAGCGUUACAUAACAUUGAAACAGUUGAAGGCACCAACGUGCAUUUGGAAUGUAGACUGCAGCCAGUGGGCGAUCAAACCAUGCGAGUAGAGUGGUUCUGCAACGGCAGACCUAUUAAGACUGGUCACAGGUUCAGACCAGCUUACGAGUUUGAUUAUGUAGCGCUUGAUCUCUUAAGCGUGUACCCAGAAGAUUCCGGUGUAUACACGUGCCAGGCCACUAAUCAACUCGGCGAAGCAGUCACAUCUUGCGCAUUACGUGUGAUUGCCAAGAAAGAUUUGAUAUUUGACUCUCAACAUCCAUCGGGUCUUGAGAAAAUUCAAUACUUAGAAGAUACUUCACGUUACAAGAAAUCUGAGGUUAUUGAUGAAUCCAUAAACAUUAAACCUCACUUUGUAACUAAACCCAAAUCAAUUGAAAAUGUGGUCGAAGGACAUCACGUCCAUUUCGAGUGCAAGCUGGAACCAGUUACAGACUCAAAUCUAAAGGUAGAGUGGUUCAAAAAUGGUAAACCAGUGACUAUCGGGCAUAGGUUUAGGCCUAUCCAUGAUUUCGGCUAUGUAGCGUUAGAUAUUAUUGAUCUGAUUGCAGAAGAUUCUGGAAUUUACACAUGUAGAGCUGUCAACUUAGUAGGCAGUGACGAGGUAAGCUGCAGGUUGACGUGUCGUGGGACUGCAGAUAUAAUAAGAGCUACUCAAAAUGAGGCUGGCUUAGAACAGAUCCAGGUUCUCGAGGACAGAUCCAGAUACCACAGAUCAGAUGUCAUGGAUGAAAUCACAACACAAGCGCCAAUUUUCACAACUUCCUUAAAGAAUAUUGAAAUCAAAGAAGGUCAACGCGCCCACUUCGAGUGCAGAUUGAUCCCAGUAUCAGACCCGACUAUGAAAGUAGAGUGGUAUCACAAUAACAAACCACUAAAAAGCGGUUCAAGGUUCACCGAAACUAAUAAUUUCGGGUUUGUGGCUCUGGAUAUUAUGUCGUGUUUGCCUGAAGACUCAGGUACAUACACUUGUAGGGCUAUUAACGCUCUUGGGGAAGCAGUCACUUCUGGAAUCGCUAUAGUCCAUUCUAAGAAAUCAAUUUAUUUGGAAUCGCAGCACGAAGGUGCAUUGCCAAGAUUGAAUCAGCUGGAAGAUACAUCGAGAUAUCAACGUCAUAGUGCACAAGAAGAGUUCACCACUCAAGCACCAGUAUUCACUAUGCCAAUGAAAGACAUUAAGGUGGCUGAAAACCAGGCAGCUCACUUUGAAGCUAGACUUAUUCCCGUUGGAGAUCCUAAAUUACGGGUAGAAUGGCUCCGAAACGGUGUACCCAUUGAAGCAUCUAACCGUUUAACCACCAUGCACGAUUUCGGAUAUGUCGCACUUAAUAUGAAGUAUGUGAACCCAGAGGAUUCCGGAACCUACACGUGCCGUGCUAUCAAUGAACUGGGAGAGGCUGUGACGUCAUCAACAUUAUUUGUUCAAUCUAAAGCCUCUCUGCAAUUGGAAUCUCAGCAUGAGAGUGCUCUGGAGAAAAUACAGCAGCUCGAAGACUCCUCUCGCUAUCAACGUAGAGAAGAUGUCGAGAUAGCCGUUAACCAGGCACCUAGGUUCAUCACUCAACUGAAUGGUCCUUCUAGACUUGUUGAAGGCCAGAGCGCUCACUAUGAGUGCCGCAUUGAGCCUUACCCUGACCCGAACAUGCGAGUUGAGUGGUAUUUUAACGGGAAGGUCCUGCAGAGUGGUCACAGGUACCGCACUGCUUACGAUUUCGGAUUUGCUGCUCUUGAUAUACUGACAGUAUACGGCGAAGACUCUGGUGAAUACACAUGCAAGGUUAUUAACAAUCUGGGCCAGGCUAUGUCUUCUAUUAAAUUAAACGUUCAAUCCAAGGAAUCUAUCAUUAGAGACACUCAACAUGAGAGCGCACUUGAAAAAAUUCAGUACCUUGAAGAUGACAGCAGAUACAAACGAGUGGUUCGUGACGAGAGCUUUAUCGCCGAAAAGCCACAGUUUGGCAAGCCCCUGAAGAAUGCACAAGUAGCUGAGGGCCAGCCGGUACAUUUGGAAGCUACGCUCACCCCUGUCAAUGACCCUACGAUGCGCGUUGAAUGGUACUGUAACGGCAGACCAGUUCAACAAGGUCAUCGUUUCAAGACAACUUAUGACUUUGGUUACGUUGCAUUAGAUAUUCUGUAUGCUUAUGGUGAAGAUACUGGCACCUACAUGUGUAAGGCUACUAAUGCCGUUGGUGAAGCUGUAACCACCAGCUCUGUAAAAGUAGACGCCAAAUCCGGAUUAUAUCUGGAUACACUUGAUGAACAACGAUUGAAGAAGAUUCAAGAACUAGAAAGAUAUGAAAGACCUAAAGCUGUAGAAGAAGAGAAACCGGGGCAAAAGCCUGUCUUCUUGACAGCUCUUACUAGCCUUGAGAACCUCAAAGAAGGAGAUCAUGCCCACUUUGAAUGCAGAGUAGAACCUAUAAAUGAUCCUGACUUAAAACUGGAAUGGUUCCUCAAUGGGCAAAAGAUUAGAGCCGGUCACAGGUACAGAACGACACAUGACUUUGGUUACGUCGCGUUAGAUAUUCUGUACACUUAUUCUGAGGAUUCUGGAACUUACAUGUGUAAAGCAACAAACAAGCUCGGUGAAGCAGUCAACACAUGCACGUUGAAGGUUGCAGGGCACAGGAGUAUUAUUUUGGAUACUCAACAUCCAAAUGGUCUUGAGAAAAUUAGACAGCUCGAAGCACAAGGUCACCACACAAGAUUAGAAGUGGAGGAGCCCAAAAUUAGCCCACCACGAUUUGUUACUGAACUUAGAGGAACAACACAUGUUUUCGAGGGUAAAACAGCUCACUUCGAAUGCCAGGUUGAACCUGUACAUGAUCCUAAUUUGCGCAUUGAAUUUUAUCACAACGGUAAAGCCCUGCAAUCUGCCUCACGGUUCCAUAUCACUUUUGAUUUUGGUUACGUGUCAUUGGAUAUUCAACACUGUGUCCCUGAAGAUGCUGGCGAAUACUCAGUGAAGGCAAUCAACGCCCUUGGACAAUGCACUUCCUCGAUAUCCAUGACAGUAACCGCAAAAGGUAGUAUUUUAUCGGAAUCUCAACGUCCCGAAGGCUUGGAGAAGAUCCGAGAGCUAGAAUCAGCAGAACCAUUUAAGCGGCCUGAAAUCCCGGAACCAGUAACAAGGCAGAGGCCUGUCUUCACACAGCCUCUACAGAACAUCGACAACAUUCAAGAAGGACAAACAGCGCACUUUGACUGCAGACUAAUUCCUGUUGGCGACCCCACACUCAAAGUGGAAUGGUUCAGAAAUGAGAAACUCAUUGAAGAUAGUUCUAGAAUUACGAAGACUCACGACUUCGGCUAUGUGUCUAUGACAAUAACUCACGUACGCGAUGAAGAUGAAGGCGUCUACAUGUGCAGAGCAUCUAAUUUACUAGGUGAAGCAGUAACGACAGCUGCUAUGCGAAUCAGAACCAAAGCAGCUAUACAACUGGACACACAGCAUCCAGAAGGCAUGAAGAAGAUACAACAAUUGGAACAGCCUCACCCCAGGAGAGCUGACGAGCCUGACCGAGAGUUUGAGAAGCCCAUUUUCACUCAGGUUUUGACAGGACCUUCCGAACUAUGGGAGGGUCAACACGCCCAUUAUGAAGCACGUGUUGUACCCGUCGGCGACCCUAGUCUCCGAUUUGAAUGGUACAUCAAUGGCGUAGAACUGAAAAUGGGAUCAAGAUUCCGCACUACACACGAUUUCGGAUUCGUUACUUUGGAUAUCAACUCUGUGGUCGCAAAUGAUGCCGGAUUGUAUAUGUGCAAGGCUAUCAACAGGGCAGGUAGUACAGUUUCCUCUACUUCUUUGAAGGUGAAGACUAAAUCAACUAUAGUAGAUCAAGCCAUGCGUCCAGAGUCCUGGGAACAGAUUCAGCUAAAAGAAGCUGCGAUGAAUAGAGUACCUGAAAUGUUUGUGGACACUGGAGUCCAGCAAGCUCCUAUUUUCACUACUCACCUCAAGAGCUACGACAAACUUGUGGAAGGCCAACAUGUCUACCUCGAAGCUCAGGUAGAACCGAGAACUGAUCCAAACCUAAGGAUUGAAUGGUUCAAGAACGGUGUAUCUCUGACAACGGGAUCGAGAUUAAAGAGUACUUUCGACUUUGGAUUGGUUACACUGUCUAUCAAUGGCUUGAGAAUCGAUGAUUCUGGCAUUUACACAUGUAAAGCUACCAAUUUGAUGGGUGAGGCUGUAUCUACAGCUUCGAUUAAGAUUGAAGAUCGUCACUGGCUUCUUGGCGAAUCACUUCAUCCUGAAUCCUUGGAUAGGAUCGGUGCCCUUGAGCAACCUAAAUCUGCAAAACCAGAAUCACCUGAACCUAACUACGAAAUCCCAGUAUUUAUAUCUCAUUUGAAUAAUAUUUUGUGCAAAGAGGGUGACAAUAUUCACUUCGAGUGCAACGUUGAACCAUCUCGAGACCCCACCCUUAAGAUCGAAUGGUUCUUUAAUAAUAAGCCCCUACCUUCAGGUACUAGGUACAAGAGCACACAUGAUUUUAGUUACGUGUCUUUGGAUAUUACUCAUACAUAUGAAGAAGACUCAGGUAUUUACACUUGCAAAGCUACAAAUAACAAAGGAUCCGCUACCACUUCAGGCUCCCUAAGAUGCACAGGGGACAAAAAUAUUUUCUUUGAUACCCAGCACCCACAAGGAAAAGCUGGUUUGGAAGCCGUUGAACAAGCUGAAGAAGCAAGGCUUUCUAAAGGUAGAAGAACGUCAGUACCUGAUACUGAAUAUCCCAAACCUGAAUGGGUUGUCCCAAUUUCAGCCGAACAUCAAUUAAUAGAAGGUCAAGCGCUUCACUUGGAGGGCCAAGUAGAACCUAAGAACGAUCCUGACCUAAAGAUUGAAUGGUACUUCAAUGGUAAAAUACUGGAACAAGCUUCGAGAUUCAAACUUACCAGCGACUUCGGUUUUGUGACAUUAGACUUAACAGACGUGUAUGAAAGAGACAGUGGAAUUUACACUUGCAAAGCUUACAACAAGAGAGGUGAGGCCUUUACAUCUUCGACUGUUUAUUGCACUAGUAAGGAAAAUCUAAUAGAAAGGACUCAACAUCCUAAAGGAACUGAAGGAUUGGAAAAGAUUCAAAAUCUGGAAGAUUCUUUGCGUCGUGAGCCUGGUCAGAAACCCGACGAUGACACAGGAAGAGCACCUGAGUUUACAACUGUCUUUAAAGACAUUGUUGAUAUCAGCGAAGGACAAAUUGCUCAUUAUGAAGCAUCACUGAUACCAACAGGUGACCAAAGUAUGGUAAUUGAAUGGUUCUAUAACGGCAAGACAAUUGAAGCAAGUCACCGCAUCCGAACAGUGUAUGCGUUUGGUAUGUGUGUCCUUGAAAUAUUGGGCACUAAGACUACUGAUUCUGGAACCUAUUCCUGCAGGGCCACAAAUAGGUGGGGCCAAGCUGAAAUAAGCGUAAAACUUGAAUGCGUUGAUAAGAGCAAAGGACAAAAACCGAAGUUCACUACACAUAUACAAAGCAUUGAAGGUCUUAAGGAUGGCCAAUCCGCACACUUUGAAUGUACAGUUAUACCUGUGGAUGAUCCAGACAUGAAGAUUGAAUGGUACCAUAAUGGCCAACCACUUCGUCACUCUACAAGAAUAAAAACAGUAUCCGAUUUUGGAUUCGUUGUUAUGGACAUUGCUUAUACGCAAAACCAUGAUACUGGAGAAUAUGUAUGCCGAGCUUAUAACAAAUACGGGGAAGAUUUCACUAAGGCUACCAUUAACUGCUAUGGCAGAAGUGGAGUCUACUUGGACAGCUUGCAGCCUGACUCUCUGGCCAAGAUUAGGGAAUUAGAAAGCAUGCAGGGGGCACAGCAACAGGCGCCAUCAGCAGCAUCUGCCGAACCGCCAAAAUUCUUGACCCAAAUACAAGAUGUUACAAAGUUAGUAGAAGGUCAGAGUGCACACUUUGAAGCUAGACUAAUACCAGUUGAUGAUCCAGAUCUGAAAGUAGAAUGGUUCUACAACGGCAAGAAGUUACCACAUGGACAUAGAUACAGGACUUUCCAUGAUUUCGGAAUUGUCAUAUUGGAUAUCUUAUACUGUUAUGAAGAAAAUUCUGGUGUUUACGAAUGUGUUGCUACGAACAAAUUGGGCAGAGACUCAACAAAGGCUACGCUCAAAUGUACAUCGAAGGAAAAUUUGAUCCUGGACUCGCAACUUCCGCGGGGCAUGGAAGGUGGUUUAGAAAAACUUCAAACCUUGGAGGAUUCAAUGAUUCGCAGAAAAGAUACUACGGUUGAGGAAGAAAGGGGCAAAGCGCCUGUCUUUACAGUUCCUCUGUCAAACAUAGACAACCUAAGAGAAGGAGAAAAUGCCCACUUUGAGGCGCGACUUACACCAACAGACGACCCUAAUCUUAAAGUGGAAUGGUACUGGAAUGGCAAGUCACUUAAGGCUGGAUCUAGAUUCAGAACGUUCUGCGAUUUUGGAUUUGUUAUUUUAGAAAUAUCUCCUACCUAUCCUGAAGACUCGGGAGAAUACCUAUGCCGCGCCUAUAAUAAUUAUGGUGAAGCUGUAACUACAGCAACUAUGAAGGUGCAAGGCAAACGCAAUAUUAUUCUAGAAUCUCAACUACCAAAGGGCAUGGAAGGAACAAUUGACAAAAUUGCUGCUCUCGAAGGCUACACUGGCACAGUCGACUCAAUGACACCUGAAGCGGAGAGUGGUAACCCUCCUGAAUUCAUCACAACUCCUUCUGAUCUUGUGCUCUCAGAGAACUCAUCGGCGCACUUCGAGUGUCGUCUAGUCCCUGUUAAUGACUCCAGCAUGAGAGUAGAGUGGUACCAUAAUGGAAAACCGCUUCUUACUGGAUCUAGAGUCAAAACCAUUAACGACUUCGGAUUUGUCAUAUUAGAAAUUGGCGGUGUUUACCAACGUGAUGCCGGUUUAUACACCUGCAAGGCUACUAACCGUCAUGGUGAAGCUACAGUAUCUUGCAAGUUACAAGUGAAAGGCAGACAAGGCAUAAUCUUGGAGCCUCAGCUACCAUCUCACUUUAAAUCAGGAACUGAAAGUAUCCAAAAGUUGGAGGAAACAUUACACAAACGAGAGGAAAUUCAAAUAGAAGAUGAAAAACCAAACCCUCCGCGAUUCACGGUAGAAAUCAAGGACAAUCUGGAUGUCCCAGAAGGUGGCCCCAUCCACUUCGACUGUCGUGUCGAGCCAGUUGGCGAUCCAACAAUGAGGAUCGAUUGGUUCUACAACGGUAGGGCAUUUGCGACUGGAUCUCGUGUACACAUGCUUAAUGACUUUGGUUUCAUAGCCUUAGACAUUGACUAUAUUUACGCUCGUGACGCUGGUGAGUACACUUGUCGCGCUACGAACAAGUGGGGCUCGGCAACUACUACAGCAAAGAUCACUUGCAGCGCAAAGCGCGAUAUUGUACUGGAAUCCCAGCUUCCGCAAGGCAUGAGUGGCGAAAAGAUCAAAGAGCUUGAAAGAGGACGUGUUACUGACGCUCCUAAAGAAGAGCCUGUGGUCAGCACGCCACCCAAGUUCAUUACACAGAUUCAGUCGCACACUGUCGAGGAAUCAGAAGGCGUUCGUUUCGAGUGCCGAGUGGAACCUAAGGAAGAUCCAAAACUUCGCGUCGAGUGGUACCGUAACGGAAAGCUGUUACCAUCGGGACACAGAUACCGUACAGUUUACGACAUGGGUUUCGUUUCUUUAGAUAUUUUAUACGUGUACGCGGAGGAUUCCGGCGAAUAUGUAUGCAGAGCAGUCAACGACUUCGGUGAAGAUUUUACCAAGGGAACUAUUUCCUGCAAGCAAUUGCCAGAUAUCAUCUUACAAAACCAAGUGCCACGCGGAAUGAAGAGGUCAGAAGCUUUGACUCAAAUGGAGGCUACAAUCAAGAAAUACACUUCGGAAAUAUUCUUGACGGAAGAUGAUUUGUACGAUGUUGACAAAAAGCAGCCACCUAGAUUUGUUACCCAAAUUCAAAGCCAAACAACACUUGUUGAAAUGGAGUCAACUAAGUUCGAAUGCCAAUUGGCACCCGUCGGAGACCCGAAUAUGAAAGUGGAAUGGUUCUUUAAUGGCAAACCAUUGCUGCACAAGAACCGAUUUACUCCAAUCUACGACUUUGGCUACGUGGCAAUGAACUUUGGAUGGGUAUACCCUGAGGACAGCGGCGAAUAUGUAUGCCGCGCUACAAACCUUUACGGCAUGGACGAAACUCGGGCCAUCAUCAAAACAGCCGGCAAGCCUGGCAUCGUUUACGAUUCUCAGCUGCCUAAACACAUGAAGAGUAUCGAGAAGAUUCGCGAAAUGGAAGCAGCAUGGCAAACGGCCCCUGAACCAAUGCCGGAUGAAACUAAGGCUCGGUCAGCGCCCGUUUUCGUGAGCCGACCGGACCCUGUAACAGUAGAAGAAGGCGAAUGGGCCCGCUUCCAAUGCCGUGUCACCGGCCACCCCAAGCCGCGUGUAAUGUGGCUGCUUAAUGGAAACACCAUUGUAAACGGUUCCAGAUAUAAAUUGACAUACGACGGAAUGUACCACUUUGACAUACCUAAGACCAGGCAAUAUGAUACUGGCAAGAUUGAAGUUAUCGCUAGGAGUUCCGUUGGCGAGGCUUUGGCUACGACCGAAUUAAAAGUAAUUCCGAGACACGACGAUUACAGAGGAGUCCUUAAGAAUGCUCCGAGACCUUGGUAUGAUGAGACGACACAACACCAACGCUCUGAAACUGAACUAGAAAAAACCUUCGAGGAAAGGCAAACUAUGCAACGACAGGGUGUCAUUGACCAUAGACCAGAACUGAAACCUAAAGUCAUUAAGGAGCCAGAAACUGAAUGGCAACAAACUGUUAAGAAGAAGAAGAGCGAAGAGUAUUACAACAAACUCCAGGAAUUAGAAAAUGAACAGGUUAUCAAAGAAAGCAGGAUGAGAGAAUCAACUCAUCAGUAUGCUAUCCCUGGAGAAAAAAUAGCAAGUAACUCCAUGGCCAGGGGUAUGGCUCAGAAGUACGAGGACAGUUUAGAACAAACUGAAGAGGUCGUUGAACAACAAGUGCAGAAGAAGAUCGUUCAAAAACCAAGGAUUCCUGAUCCAUCUGAAUCUACUGUACAUGGUAAAGAAGUGCACGUAGCCAAGCAGAAGCAAAUACAAAAAGAAGUCGUAGGCGAUACAGAGAUUACUCGAAAGAUCACAUCCACUGAGACUACUGAGGUGGAGCACAAAGCUCAAACACACGAAAGAGUUGUCGAAGGACCUGUUAAGCCUAGCAAACCCCCCGUAUUUACUAAGAAAAUGCAGCCAUGUCGAGCAUUUGAACACGAGCAAGCCAGAUUUGAAGUAGAAUUCGACGGUGAGCCAUUACCUACCAUUAAAUGGUAUCGUGAGAACUUCCCGAUCAAGAACUCUCCUGAUUUCCAAAUUCACACGUUCAGCACAAAGUCUGUUCUGAUUAUAAGGCAGGUGUUUGUUGAAGAUUCUGCAGUAUUUGCUGCUGUUGCUGAGAAUAGAGGUGGUACUGCAAAGUGCAGCGCCAAUUUAGUAGUGGAGGAGCGUAGACGUCAAGGCAGAGGAGGUGUCACACCGCCCAGUUUUACGUUGACUGCACAGAAUGUUAACGUGACUGCUGGCCAGCUCGUGAGAUUUGACACUAAGGUUACUGGAACCAAACCUAUUGAUGUGUAUUGGCUGAAAAACGGUAAAAAGGUUCAACCUGACAUUAGAAACAAGAUUUUAGAAGAAGAUGGUACUUUCACACUUCUUAUUCUGGAAGCGUACCCGCAAGAUUCGGGCAAAUACGAGUGCGUGGCUAUCAACAGUGCUGGAGAAGCAAGAUGCGACGCCGAGUGUGUGGUCAGCGCACCUGCUACCAAAGAGAAGCCUAAACCUCAAGCCAAAGCUGCUAACGCUCCUCCCGAAAUCAUCGAACCUCUAAAAGACAAGGUCGUUACUGAAGGACAAGCCAUCGAAUUCAGCUGCAAGAUAGUGGGCAAGCCGACACCUACAGUUCAAUGGUACAAGGGAGAUAAGUUGAUAAAGCCGUCGAAAUACUUCCAAAUGUCAAGGACUGCUGACGAAUACACUCUCCGCAUUUCCGAGGCUUUCCCAGAAGACGAGGGUGACUACAAAUGCGUUGCGUAUAACUCUGCGGGCAGAGUGACCGUCGCUGCUAAGCUGAAAGUGACUCAACCAGACCAGGCUGACAACCUUCCCACCCUGACACCUCUUCGCGAUAUCGUCGUCAACGAAGGACAACCCGCUCAAUUCAAGACGCACAUUACCAGCAAAGUGAAGCCUACGAUCCAAUGGCUGCGUGAAGGAGCUUUGAUCCCUGAAACUCCUGAUUUCCAGAUGAUCCACGAGGGCAACAACGCCGUGCUGUUGAUCGGCAACACGUACGAGGAGGACACCGGCACGUUCACCUGCCGCGCCACCACCGCCGCCGGCCAAGUCGAGACCUCGGCAAAGCUAGUCGUCAAAAGUAAGACAUAGAUACAGGCAGCGAGCUCGCGUCGCGCACUUUAAUCCAUUAAUGUAGUGUUUCUUUGUUUCAUCACUAUACCUCUAUGAGAUCGGGUGAAAACUACUAUUUAUCAAAUUCGAAAGUUGACAAGCGAAUACACUUUAGAUGGCUUCACACAAUCGUAGCGGUUUCCGCAGUAAUGACUCUCGCCCGCUUCUAGACCGCGCCGGCCCGGUCGUGGUGUUAUGGCACACGGUCUGGACGACCGGCUGACGACCCUCCUCGACCGCGCGAUCGUUCGAUACCGCCGGGCGCACUCUAACAUUACCUAUACUUGCAACCGAGAACGAUAGACGACUUAACUCAGUAGCACUAUUUGAGCGAAUUUCCGCAUCUAACAACGCUGUACAUUUAAGCUUUUUGUGUAAAUAGUCCUAGUCGACCACGAGCAGGCACGCGGCAGGACACCAGGGGCCGAGCUGGAGCUACCUUUAUGGACAGGACACACGUAACAUGUGAUUAACACGACACAAAACAUUCUACGACUGUUUUGUUUUGCUUUACCGCUACGAUGUUUACUAAAUUUUGUAAUUAUUGAUCGUUUAAAUCAUGACAUAGAGACACAUAGCAAAACGAGAUGCGUCUUUCGACGAACUGUAAAAUGUAUUUUUCACCCAAUACUCUAUUUUUAAGCCUGCGCUAGUUAAUGAUUUAUUUGGCCUUAUUAACCUCAGAAUUGUUGAGUCACGACGCUUUUUGUGUUGAGAUCUGACCUGUGAAACUUAUGCAAAUGAUCUCAGUCUUUGUUCUAGUAAGAACUUUCCGUUUCACUGAACGUAUGUUGUCAAGUGAUCGCCGGAACUGGGACUUGCGUGGGCUUCAGCGGUCUGCGAUCGGUACCCGUGUUCGAGUUUGCUUUCUGUGUAUAUAAAACGAUUAAACAACGACGACGUAAGAGUUCCCGCUUCAGCUUUGUCCUCGAGCAUGAGUAAUGUUUGUAUUGUCCAGUUUAGAUUGGAGUUCCGUCGAGUCCGUUGCUCUAACCCACCGCACGCAGGCCGCGCGUUGCCCGCUGUCAUCUAACGCCCCACUAACCGUCACUGUCGUCCCCGCGCCCGGGUCGUCCGUCCGCCCGCCCGCCCUCGGCCCGCGCCGCUGUCAACUGUCAACUGUUCGGUGACAAAGAAACAUAAAACUGACCACUACUCUCAAAGUACGCACGCACUACUUGCCUUGCCAGUUUCUAUGUUUUGAAAACACUGCCGAUGUUUAUGACCUAAUGUUUUCUGCAAGUACAAAUCCGAAUUGAAUGAGAUUUUAUAGUUUAACGUUACAGUGAUUUUUAACUUAGUUUGUUUUAAGUGCACGAUAUUGUUAAAUUAAAUUGUGUUGUAUGUUUCACCUAAUUGUA